AUGGCCACGCUCAAACGCUCCGAUUCCAAGACGUUGAAAGAGGAUCCGCCACCCAGGGCUUGCAUCAUAUGCACAGAAAAGGACAUACCACUGGUCAAACCAUGUCGAUCGUGCAAUACCGACUACUGCGAAGAGUGCCUCGAAGGCAUGUUUGUCGCAGCCGUCGAGGACCAGACCCGGAUGCCGCCACGCUGCUGCCAUUUCCUCCAGAUCCACACCGUCAUCCGCCGCCUCGACUCGGAUGACGCGAAAGCCUACAGAGCCAAGUUCGAGGAAUGGAUGGCACCUGUCAAGCUCUACUGUCCGUCACCCAAGUGCUCAGCCUUCAUCCCGGCGCGGAAACUGCCCGCCCUUGAACCAGCACUACCGCAGAAGAAUGCGGCUCAAUCGUUGUCCGCCGUCCUUAGAGAGGUGGUGGAGGCAGUGGUUAGAAGCCCAUCGUCGCGCUUCUUCCGUGAUGAAAUGCCCAGUAGUCAGCUGCCGGGCUACACGAAGAAGAUCAAGAGGCCAAUGCAUCUAUCCAUGAUCCAGAUCAAUGUCCUCGGCGAUGUCUACGGGUCGACCAGCGAGCUGACGGCUGAUAUGAAGCUCAUCGUCAAGAACGCAAAAGAAUACAAUGGCGCCGGCCACCCGGUGACAAACGCUGCAGAUGCUCUGUUCGAACAAUAUCUUUCGCGACUUGCCACAUUGACAGACCGACUUGCGCAGACGCCACCAGUCGCCCUGCCUCCGAAGUUCUUUCCUUGCCCAGAGUGUCACGUUGCAAUUUGCACAGACUGCAGGCAGAUCGAGCAUUCGGGAUCACCUUGCGAUACUUCGAACGCGGACCACGAAAUGGCAAUGCUCUCGCAGUUCGGAUACAAACAAUGUCCCCGAUGUAAAGCCGGAGUGAAGAAGAUGUACGGUUGCUCUCACAUGGCGUGCAUAUGUGGCGCCCACUGGUGCUACUAUUGCCAGCGCUCGAUCGAUCUGUGUGAUGGGGGGUGCGGCGAAGGACCACCGGGCGACUACGAUGACGACGAAGAGGACGAUAACGAAAGCGACUAUGACGAGGAUGGCGAUCUCCUGCCCCCAGCGAUCUUUGCCGAACGAGACAGGCUGCGCGCUUUCGCCUGGGUCGUUGCUCAAAGACGGAUUGAAGAGGACACAGCGACGCCCGAAGUGAGAGCGAUGGUACAAGAAAGGGCUCCCAUGGCGUUGGUACCUAACGGAGCUCGCCUCACCCUAGUACGCGACCACGGUGUCAACGUUGCCCAAAUCCAGACUCAAGCAGCCGCGGCCGCAACAGUCGCAGAUGCCAGGGGUGGUGCUCCUGAUGCUACUCAACCAGACACCAUCUUGCGCGACCCAGGCACUCCAUUUGUACCACCAAAUCGGAGUACUUCCACUGCUUCUUCGACAGCUCCGCCUGUCGCCAACCCGCAACCAGCCGCACCUUCAACCGCUACCCCAACCGCGCCUCUUUCAGCUCACGAUAGAAUCGUCAACCUGGACGCUGGCGGCGGAAGACGCUGGGCUCAGCGUGACCUCGACUUCGGCGAUGAGCCUGAGGACGAUGGCGUUGCUCAGGUGUGGUCAUGUCGCCACGACUUCGAACCCUACAAGUCUCCACCGGAAGACGGUUUCAACUGUGGCGAUCUCACGCGGAUGGAAUGCAAUCGCUGCUUCGAGCGAGUGGAGCUGAGGAAGGAGCCGCCAAAGAAAGGUCCCAACAACAUGAAGAAGCGGAAGGUGUUGGCGAUUCGACCCGGACGUCUUGAAGCUGUGCCAGAAGGCAGGAGUGAGUCUCAGGAGGAUGCGGUGGAUGCUCCGGGGUUAGAGAACGAGGCGCACGAGUGCAAGAGGUGUCGAGUGGUGGUUUGCGUGGGCUGCAGGGUGAAGUAUAUCGAGGAGCGAGACGAUGAUUGA